UGACGAUUCGGCGUACUUUACCAGAGCAAGAAGGUGUUUAUUCCUGUAUCGUAUCGGCCGAAUCUUCUAUCAUAGAUGAUAAAAUUAUCCUUGUCAUACAAGUUCCUCCUCAGGGGGUAUUUCUCUACGACUUAUCUCAACGUUUUCGCGUGGAGGAUGGGGAAACCAUGAUCACACUGGACCAAGAGCAACUCCGUCUUCGAUGCUCAUUGGCAAACCCAACCAAACCCGAAUCACAGCUUCGCUGGGAGACUAACAACAUGGAGACCGCCCUCUACGACCAAAUUACCACUUUGGAAGAUGACCGUUUCAUUAGUCACAUACAUCUAGAUGUGAAAGUUCAUCGAUCAGAUCAUGGGAAGGAAAUUGUUUGCAGGGCUUCACAGAGAGGAUAUGGAGUAGUUCCGAUGGCGAGUCUAUUUAUUCAAGUUCAAGAGUGCAAACUAGGCGUUCUCCCACCGGCAUGUCGUGCAAAUCUUACUUUGAAUCAGGUGUCCCAAGUCACGUGUCCUCUGGCAAUAGAGAACCCUUCAUUGUCUGAAGGUUCAGCAGAAGUUACGCCUACCUUCAACGGGUCUCACUUCGCUGUUUCGUUGAGACAGUCCUCCGAAUCGCUAGGACCAGUUCUAGCUGCGCAAGUCCCCGAUGUUCAGGCAGACCCGACUGAGGACGAUAUUGCACUCAUAGAGUUUGUUUGUUGUGAGAAUCCCACAUCAUCUUGUCCGGGUGUCGCUUGCUCCGGAAAGUGUCGUUCUACCAUUUUGCACAACCCAACGAACGUUGAAAUAGUUCGCCUCUCCGACGGCACCCUUGCAGAGCAUGCGCAAAAUAUUUCAGUCCUGUGCCUUGCAAAUGGUUACCCUCCGCCCUCUGUCUCCUGGGUAAAGCAAGGAGUCACUGACCACAGUGGAGAAAAGAAUGGAGAAUUUGAAUCAACCACUGGAAUCGGCUCAUCAACUUUGUUCUUUAAACACUUGUUGCGCGGCCACUCGGGGGUAUACGGCUGCCGUGCAGACAACGGGAUACCUCCAAGUGCGGAAUCACUUAUCAACAUUGUUGUUAACCAUGCCCCGGAAAUUGUUCUUGGGCAGACCAGGUUGAACCGAAACGAGGAAGAAAGUGUGCGGCUAUCCUGUGAAGUAACCGCAAACCCAGAACCGACCCGACUGGAAUGGAUUGAUCCCAACGGACUUGUCAUUGAAGGGACUCGGACUUCAGCGUUAACAUCUAAUCCAUUUGAAACGGUAAUGGAAUUCGUAGCAGUUUUCGUCGUGGGACCGGAGACCGUCUUUGGAAAUUAUACUUGCCUCGCAGCCAACGACUAUGGAAGUGCCAGAAAUGAUGUCGUUUUAUCAGGAAAAAAAUUCCCCGGGUCUCCUUCGAAUCUAAAUGCACUCGUCAUUUCGGAAGAUUCGAUGAAAUUGACCUGGUCAUACGAUGAGGAAGACGAGGUAUCAUUACACUUCAACGUGAAAUAUUGCAAGAACUCUUCUCGAAGCAUAUGCGGUCUACAGGAUAACCAUCAGAGCCGUUCGUUAGUCAUUGAAGGUUUGAUGUCCUAUACUUGGUAUUGGGUGUCCAUAUGCUCCGAAAAUGACUUUGGAAAAAGCAAAUACUGUGAGGAAAUUGUGACGUCAACUCCACCUUUACCUCCAAGUUUUUUCGGAGUAAAUGCUACUUACCGCGAAUUGACAAAGCGACUUACUCUAAGCAGACACACUGACGGAAAUACUCCGCCGAUUCCAGCAGGACUUUGCUUCCACGUCCAAAUCUCGAUAGCUGGUGUACGCCAUGUGAACGACUCUUGUCUGUCUCCAAAUAGCAGCCUUACAGCAAACCAUCAUCUGUUGGAUGGUCAGAUCUGGCUCGUGUCAUGUGGUCACGGCGUAUGCAGUGACCCGUCUCCUGUCCACUUCCUGCGUGACCCCGAAGGCCCACCUGAUGCGCCGACGAGAUUAGCAGUGAGAGAUUACUCCAAGACGACCCUCACAAUCACAUGGGAACACGAUAAAUACAUUCAAAGAGAAAGGGCGAUUCUCUUCUUCUUAACGUGUUGCCGAAAUGACACGCCCUCUAUCUGCAUAACCUUCUUCGACGUCAAUGGCAGCCCAUUGCACAUUGCUGAUCUUUACCCUAAAACUUGGUACCUCAUCCGCGUUUAUGCCCGAAACCAGUUUGGCGAGAGUCAACCUUCCCAGCUAUUAGCUUCGACCGCACCUGAAUCACCGGAGACACUUGGAAUUACUGCGACGUUUGAAAAACGGACAAGUACACUAAAGAUCCUUCAAAACUCGAAGGAACUCUUACAACGUGAUUUAUGCAUCCGUUUGGAAAUUCGCAGCAACGAGUUUGUCCACCAGAACUCGACUUGCCUGAGAUCCGGUGAUUCCAGCAAGCUAUCUACAGAUUAUCAUCCGGGACAACUUUGGAUUGCAUUAUGCCGGGAAGAAGUCUGUGGUGCGCCCUCACAAGUCGACUUCGUAGAGAGUGACUGGGACAGAAUAUCAACACCAGUAUUGGCGUCGGUCAUCUCAGUUACAGCGGUUGCCAUGGUGAUUUGUGGCUUCUGUUUCUACAGUAGAUGCAAUCGGUGUCAAAACUACCAAUGGUACUACAAUAAAGGUGGUCAUAAACUUUGUCGGAGGGGUCAAGACCAACAGCCACAGAUAUUUCGUCGAAUUCCUGAUGCUGACAGUAGCGUGCAAGGAGAGACACCAAGCCUAUUGCCACCAAUUCCUCCGAUACCCCCACCCUUCCAGAAUGACUUUGAAUUGGUGAACUAUGAUGACGUACCAGAUCAGAACAGACGAUCAGGAUCAAUCUCUUCCGGUUCGUUCAUGGAAUCACUUCCGGAGAGCAUGCAGACCUUGGAGCCACAGGAAGGUUUCCAGGUUCCUCGUGCCUCUGCGGAAACACGAAACAAUCUCCACGGGGUGUAUUGUACCACUCUGAUGGGGGACAGACGUGCCGCUGCUGGACGGGGCGCCCGUGCAGUUCUUAGGCAGCAAAGAAGAAUCAUUCGUAUGAGGCCGAUCAGUACACCUAACUAAAAUAUAGGACAUUAUUGGCCCGUAUUCUGACUGCCUGGUUUAACGUAACCCUAGUCUAAGUGUGGCAAUAAAUCGUCAUAUUCAAACCUAGGUUUAAGUUUCGUAUUCUGAUAGCAAGGUAUAAGUUAACCCU